UUACCCUUUAUGCAUCAUAAUAUAUUUAAUUUUUUUUAAAUGACAACAUAAAAAUUCUCCCCAUAUUAUGCCCCCUCUUAUAUUUUGGACACAAAUACCCUCCUCCCCUCCUCACUCAAAUUUAACACUUCACUCUCUCUAUCUCUUUCUCUCAUCCCUCAUUUACAGCCAUUUUUUCACAGCUCGGAGGUGGAACGGAUUGGAAGUUUCUUGGCGUUUUUAAGAGAAAAAAUCAUGGGUUCCAGAGUUAAUAUAAUUGUUUCUUACAACGGUGUUUGGGAACAGAAAGGAGAAAAAUGGAAUUUCAAAGCUGGUUCGAACACUAUAAUACAUGUACCAAUUGAUAUUGGUUACAUAGAAUUAUUGGAGAAGUUGUAUUCAAAGUUGAAAGUGGAUAGGUCAUUGUUUGACUUAAAGUUGGAAGUGCUGUUUACAUGCAAUGAUUUUAGUGUAGAUCCCAUUGAAAUCACAGAUGAUGAAGGAGUUAGUGCUCUUAUUCUUGAAAAUUCAAAGUCCUUAAAACAUCGGGUUCCUUUAUGCGUUAGUUCGAUUGCAAAGAACAUUGCUCUUAUUGAUCCAUCUCCUAGAGCGAGUGUUAAUAUGGAAAAUCAUAAUCAAUCAUGCACGGCUAUUCCACAAACAGCUACUGGGCCAAGUGUAUGCAUGGGAGGUCCUAGUCAUAAUGAAUCUUUUUUUCCCCCAACAAAUCUCCCGCAUGAUGAUGGGUAUGAGUAUGAGCCUUAUGUCAAUGACGAUCCAAAAAAUCCCGGGACGUUGACAGAUUUUGUCACUGAGGAAGAUCGAUUCAAAUAUUGCUUUUUCUCACUCGGAGUUAGUAGAAGAGGGUUUCGUACAUGUCGUCCUGUGUUAUGUGUGGAUGGUACCUUUUUAAAGAAAAAAUACGGUGGGCAGAUGUUAUGUGUAGUCGCACUGGAUGCAAAUAACCAUCUAUAUCCAGUUGCAUUUGGUAUUGUGGAUAGUGAGAAUCAUGAUUCUUGGAAGUAUUUCAUGUCAAAGCUAAAAGAAGCGAUUGGGGAAGUCGAGGACCUGGUGUUUGUAUCUGACAGGCAUGCAAGUAUUACACAUGCCUUGGAAACUAUUUUCCCCGAUGCCUAUCACGGUGCUUGCUACCACCACAUUAGUAUGAAUGUGGUUGCUAAAUUCAAGACUGAUCAUUGUCAUGUGUUGAUGUAUAAUGCGGCAUAUGCUUUUAGGAAAUUCGAGUUCCACGCUAACUUCGAAAAAAUCAAAUCAAAAGACCCAGCCAUUGCUCAAUACCUAGAAGGAAUGGGUUUUGAUAAGUGGUCCCGUGCUUACUUUCCUGGAAAUAGGUAUAAUAUAAUGACAAGCAAUUACGCUGAAAGUUUCAACAAUAAGACCCGGGACGCUAGGAGCUUUCCGAUAACUACAUUCGUCGAAUUUAUUCGCUUCACACUACAGUCCUGGUUCUGUAAUAGGAGAGAAACUAGCGAGAAGACAACUACCACUCUUGCACCGACCUAUGAGAAAAAUUUGGUGGAUAUGGCUGAGAAAGCUCGAUUCUUGAUUCCUUAUGCAAUAGGGAGGCAUGAGUUCCAUGUGUUAGAUGGUGAGAUGAAUGGUGAAGUCGACCUCCUGAAUAAGACAUGCACAUGCGGCGUGUUUCAGAUUAUUGGUAUCCCAUGUGCUCAUGCACUAUCUGGAUCCCUUAAGCGAGGGGUGAACUUUUAUUCGUUGUGUUCAGAUUACUAUAAAAUUGAGACAUGGAGGUCCUCUUACACAGAAUCUAUAUAUCCUACUGGUAACGAGGAAGAGUGGAUUGUUCCACAUGACAUUAUGACAAUAACAGUGAGAACACCUGCGCAGAAAAAUCCGGUUGGUCGUCCAAAGAAGAAACAAGGUAGGCCUAAGACGAAACGCCAUCCUUCCAAUGGAGAUAAAUUGGUUGUUCCACGCAAGUGCAGCACUUGUGGAGGUCUAGGCCAUAAUAGGGCAACUUGUAAAGUUCGUGUUUGA